ACUCUGCACGUAACUCGGCUUUUGAUACACAAAACGAGGCAGCAGACAUAAUUUGAGUAAUUUGAGUUUCUGGGGGCGGGGAGGAGGGAGCGCCCGCGACCACACUGCUCACAAUAAUAAUCGGUUGUAGUCUAUUAGUUAUCUUUCUCCACCGCUCGCUACAGUACCGUAGACUGGAUCUGAAAACCAAUGUAAUCCUGAAUCAUGGCUGCAAAAGAGGAUCUCUACAGCAAAAUCAUCCCGCGAAGACUUCGGCCGAAAGUACCUGGCACUGUGAAAUAUGGAUCGAAUUUGGACGUCCUCUUAUCGAUGGGUUUCCCCAAAACCAGGGCAUUGAAGGCACUAGUAUCAACAGGAGGCAGGAAUGUACAAGCAGCAUGUGACUGGCUGUUCUCCCAUGUGGAUGACCCCUUCCUGGAUGACCCGUUGCCCAGAGAGUACGUCCUGUACCUGCGCCCCAGCGGACCCCUGCAGAAUCAGCUCCAUCACUUCUGGCAGCAGUCCCGAGUCUCCUGCGGAAAGAACAAGGCCCACAACAUCUUCCCCCACAUCACACUCUGCCAGUUCUUCAUGUGUGCAGACAACAAGGUGGACGCCCUGUUGGAGGCCCUGCAGGCCACGGUGGACCAAUGGAGGGGUCGUUUCCCUAGCCCCCUGCCCCUGGAGCUCUACACCUCCUUCAACUUCAUAGGCCUCUUUGUUGAGGAGCAGAUCGCAGAGGUCCUCAAGCAGUUUGCUGCUGACUUUGCUUCCGAGGCUGCCAGAAAAGCUGAUGUCCAUUUAGAGCCCCAUAAGAAGCAGCUCCAUGUGACGUUAGCCUACCACUUCCCCACCAGUCACCUGACCUCCCUGGAAAAGCUGGCUAAGGGAAUCGAGGUGAAGCUAGGCUGUGAUUGGCUGGCUGUCCUUUUUUCCCGGGACAUACGGUUUGCCAAUCAUGAGACGCUGCGUGUGAUGUAUCCCUACGCCCCUCAGAAUGAGGACGAGCUGGAGCUGGUCCCGGGCGACUUUGUCUUCAUGUCUCCCUUGGAGCAGAACAACACUAGCGAGGGCUGGGUCUACGGGUCCUCCCUGGCCACGGGGCUGUCCGGCCUAUUGCCUGAGAACUACGUCAGCCGGGCAGACGAGUGUGACACCUGGGUCUUCCACGGAUCACACUCCUUCUUCAGUUGCUCCGCCCCCUCGGACAAAGUGAGCAGGGAAAGGGGCCUAUUCGAUGGGCUGCUGGACAGCCGUCUCCUCGACAACACAAGCCCUGGGGACACACCCACCUUGAGCCUCAUCUGUCAUCCCAUGCAGGUGCUUCAGGUCAGCAGCAAUCACUCUCAGCUGCCCAAGCGGACCCUGUUUGUCUGCCGGCACGGUGAGCGGAUGGAUGUGGUGUUUGGGAAACACUGGCUUUCACUGUGCUCUGAUUCCAAAGGUAGAUAUGUGCGCACUAACCUGAACAUGCCAGUCAGCCUGCCCAUGUGGAGUGGAGGACACAGAGAUUACAACAUGGACACCCCCAUCACUGUGUUUGGUUCCACACAAGCACGAAUAGUGGGCGGGGCGUUGUUGGAGAGCAACACAGUGAUAGACUUUGUGUACUGUUCGCCCUCUCUGCGCUGUGUCCAGACUGCUCAGAACAUCCUCAAAGGUCUGCAGCAGGAUGGCAAGCUGAAGAUCAGAGUGGAGCCAGGGCUAUUCGAGUGGACCAAGUGGGUCUCUGGGAGCUCUCUUCCUGCCUGGAUCCCUCCCACAGACCUGGCUGCAUCCCACUUCACUGUUGACACAACAUACAGACCUCUCAUACCGAUAACCAAACUUAGCGUGUCGGAGUCCUAUGACACGUACAUGAGCCGGAGCUACCAAGUGACCAAAGACAUUCUGUCUGACUGCAAAAACAUGGGAAACAACAUACUGAUUGUUGCCCACGCUUCCUCUCUGGAGGCCUGCACCCGACAGCUCCAGGGCCGCAGCCCCCAGACCUCCAAGGACUUCAUCCAAGUAGUCAGGAAGAUCCCCUACCUGGGUUUCUGUUCCUGCGAGGAGCAGGGCGACACAGGAGUCUGGCAGCUGGUGGACCCGCCCAUCCUGCCCCUCACACAUGGACCCAACCACAGCUUCAACUGGAAGGAGACCCUCCUUCAGGAAUGACAUCCGCUUCCCUGGAGAGCAGACUUGCUCAGCCCCAUCCCGAGGCUUAAGUUUCUGCUCAAAUAACAGGGAGAGACCCCACCAGAGUCAAUGGGUGGUUGGACCUGGAUGUACUGUACUGUACAUAUUGUCAUUUGACAGUAUUGUUGACAUUUCUAAUUUGACAGUAUUGUUGACAUUUCUAAUUUGACAGUAUUGUUGACAUUUCUAAUUUGACAGUAUUGUUGUUAGUGAGAGCAGAGAAAGAAGAGAGUGAAGUUGGAGAGGGCAGGGCUACUGUAAGUCUCAGGGCCUGGUUAAUUGUGGAGGCUAUCAAAUCAAAUGUAUUUAUAUAGCCCUGCGUACAUCAGCUGAUAUCUCAAAGUGCUGUACAGAAACCCAGCCUAAAACCCCAAACAGCAAGCAAUGCAGGUGUAGAAGCACGGUGGCUAAGAAAAACUCCCUAGAAAGGCCAAAACCUAGGAAGAAACCUAGAGAGGAACCAGGCUAUGUGGGGUGGCCAGUCACUCAGCUGGCUACAGCAAGCACAUGGGCCAUUACAUAUGACACCGAGUCAACAGCGUCCCAGAAGGGAGUCAUAAGGUUGAGAACAUUGACCUAAAAAAAAUUAGCAGAAUUGUUUGUGUUUGGAAAAGCAAUUGCAUUCCUUGUCCCGCUUGCAGAUUAACUGUUGACGAGGGCAAAUGUUAUCCUCAAAAGCCCUUGACUGUAGCCACAAGUCAUCUCACAGAUGUGGAAUCUGUGUUUCUGUGUGUAUAAAGUUGAUCUCGUUGGGGGAAAAAACCUGCUAAACUUAAUCCAUGCUCUCUUGAAUACUGUGCGUACAACCACUUAUUCAUCCAUUUAAACGGAUUGCAGUGUGGUCACUAUGAUGUCUUUUAUGGUCACGUUGUAUGCUGGUUGUAGAAAAACUUUGUGUUAACGUAGUAACCAGAAAAAUACGUCUUUGCCUGGUUGUAAUGUGUUAUGUGACAAGAUAACAACCAACAUAUGACAUAUUUACUAUGACAUCUUGAGCUCAUCAUAAAAAAUACAUCUUUAUGUGGUUGUAACCGAGACUAGUUGGAAAUCUGGUUUUAUGACUUCUUCACAACCAGAAAACUGGUUUACAACUAGUUUGCAACCAGAAAAUGACGUCAUUAAGACAACGUGUCAAAAUGUUUUUCACUGGGUGGCUUGUCACCCGGUUUGGUUGAAACAGUCUCGAUGGCACAAAGUGCACUAUUGACAAUCACAGGUGAGCCUUGGUGAGGCCGGUCGAAUAACCAGUAGUUAGGAACUUGUAUGUGUUUGUUUUACAUAAUGUAAGGUCUUAUGGCAGAAUAGUUGUUGACCACUGCACUAGAAAACAUCUUUCAGUCUUCCAGUUGUGAAAUAUCAUAUACAAAAGACCUGUCCCAUGGUAGGGAAAUACAUGUUUUUCUCAGGUGUAGAUUUCAUUGUGACCUUUUACAGUAUGUGCAUUUCAUUGGGCCAUGAAAUGUGUUGAGUGCCUCUUAAGAUUGAACCUGAUUUCUCUUGAUGUCAGAGAGAUGUUCUCUGCUCAUUGAGUCAGCUUUUGUUUAGCCUCAUCUAAAUCUAUCUGAUCUAAUCUUUCUGCAAAUAUUGAUUAUUAAGGAGGCUCUUAAACAAUGCUCUGAUGCUGUUCUUCCAUUGAUACAUGCAAGUAUGAUACUUACAAGUACAAUUACAAAUUUGUGAUAAAGGUGUCAGUGAGGAACAAAGCAAGCCUACAUGCACUGUUGAGGAAACCCAGGAAAUCUAAAAACUGAGGAGGAAGCCAUCUGUCAAUUUGUGUUAAUUUAUUUUCUCCAAUAUUAUAUUUCCAAAUGUAUAUACACUUUAAUUUAAGAAAUAUACUUUUCACCAAAAUGCUUUGGUUUAGAGGACUAGUGGGCUAAGAUGUGCAAAAGAUUGAAAUGAAAACAAACUGAUUGAAGGAAGAGAGGAUACAGUAUUCCCUGUAUAUUCAGAUAUGAGCAUCUCUGAGGUGGGUUCUUUAUUUUGUUUCAAAUUUUGUUUCAAAUACCCCCCCCACCCCCACCCCAUAUGAUACUGACAGUAUCACUUUUUCAGAUAUGUAGAAGUUACAUAUCAAAUAAAAAAAUCUGGUUGUUUUGUUUGGUUAUCUUUUUUGGGGGGGUGGACAAUUCCUUCAACAGUUUGUUCAAUACGUAGUAUUAUGGUUUAGCCACUAGGUGUAGGUGUAAGACCUUUGGAGUUGACUACAUACAGUAUCUAUCUUAGCAGAGGCGUCAUGCCCAUAUGGGGCACAAGGGCACGUGCCUCCUCAGGUUUGUCUUUUUUUGUUUCAGAUGUUAAAUUAAUUACUAAACUUAAUUUCUAAGUCCAUGUUUUAACAUAAUUAUUUAUAAAAAUGAUCUGUCAGCUGUAUUUUGUGGAGGGGGUACACUUACUGGACCAGGCAAAGAGUACCCCCCCACCCACAUAUAAUUGAACAGGUAAAGAGGUAUGCUUAGAUAACCUAUGCAGGAAAAUAGACAUCUUUUUACAUAGAAUUAGGCAUAAUGAUUAUGGAUCUAGAUUGCAGGAAAAAUAUGUUUCAGGUGUAUGCAAAAUUCUCCAUUAUUACAUACUUUGUGCCCCUUUUAAAAUAAUAGGUGCAUGACAUCCCUGCCUGAAGUGAUUUAAAAACAAAGUAAUCCUUAGAAGGGAUGCUGGAAGUAGACAUAAAUAACAAACUAAAAGGAAUAAGAUACUGUGAUAUUGUGUAAAAUAAAUAAAAAAUCUAAUAUUUUGAGCCUUUGGUGGGAUGGAUUUUUGGCCUGCCAGGUGACAUCAACAGGAGGUACAUUAGACCUAUAAGAAAGAGAGUUCCAAACCUCUGACAAUAACAGCUAGUUUUAACUUUUCCCCUCCCCACUCAGACCACUCCCAGACAGUCCUAGCUAAAUUCUUGUUUGAG